CCUCAUGCAAUCAAGAAGCUCAAGAAGACCUCGGCAAUAUAAUCAAAGACCGAUCCACGAGCAGCUGCGUGAUGAUGAGCAAUUCAAAGUUGCAACCAGGUCGUACCGGCCAUCAGCAAUCGCGCAGCAAUCUCCAUCAGUCGCAUGGCAUAGCACCUCCGCCCAUCAAGUUCCCUUCCUCCUCGACCUCAUCCGUCGCUCGAACGCCUUCACAUUAUACCGAUAACGACUUCUCUGACGUGGAAAGCGGGGAACGAAACGCCUCGUCGGGGGAGAGGGCGCCCUUGUUCCGGACCGGACACCAUGAGGGGGAAGGUCGACCUGAUCUACCCAAGUUGAGCCGGGAAUGUUUAUGGUCAGAGUUCAAAUGCUAUGGCAGCUACAUCUUCCCGGUCUUACUCGUCUUCGGAGUGUUGGCUGUAGGAAUAGCAUUGAUCGUUUACUACACGGUCCGCAGAUAACGGUGAUCUCGACGGGUUUACGCCUCCUCGU